CCAGGACCAUCAUGAUGAUACCGCCGCGCCCCCUCUUCAUGCUUGCACUGGUACUCCCUCCAGCAGUGAUGGUACAUGCAGUGGACACCGACUACGGCGGAUACCCGGCUCGAUCUGGUGUCGGCAUCUGGGUCGACGUGGACACCCCGAUGGACGCGCGAACCAAGGUGUCGUCGCGCGGCGAGUCUUGGGACCUCGUGAUGAGUGACGAAUUUGAGAUCGAAGGGCGUUCAUUUGUCGCGGGCAAGGAUCAUCUGUGGACAGCCGUGGACAUCCCCGAUGGCGUGAAUGCCGCGUUGGAAAUGUACAAUUCGUCCAACGUGUACACCAAAAACGGAAAACUCGUCAACAAGAUCGAGGAAGGACCGACGAACGCAACAUACUUCAACCAGUGGCUCGAAGUGCCUGGCAUUGAAACGCGCACAUUGCACUACAAGGCAGGGAUGAUGCAGUCAUGGAACAAGUUCUGCAUGCAAGGCGGGCUCAUCGAAGUCUCGGCCAAGUUGCCUGGGGCCGUCAAUAACAUCCCAGACGCCGAACACAAGAGCGUGACCACCAACCCGAACGCCCUCGGCUACAAAUGGGAAGCUGGACAAAAGGUGCCGCUGGCGCCACUCACGCCCGUCCUCGACGGCGGGUACUACCCGACCUGGCCGGGUAUUUGGCUCAUGGGGAACUUGGGGCGCGCGCUCUUCGCCGGCUCCACCACGCGCAUGUGGCCGUGGACGUACAACGAGUGCGACGCCGACUUAGCGCCCCAUCAAGCCAUCUCUGCAUGCAACCCGAAUCCUGGCUUUGGCUUGAACCCAAACCAAGGCCGCGGCGCCCCCGAGAUCGACAUCCUCGAAGGCGGCGGCGCGGCCAUCUCUUCGUCCAUUCAGAUCGCUCCAGGCAUGCCCGACCAGUACAGACGCAAACCGGUGGUCAAAGGCGGCUUGGACACCAAUAACUCCACAAUGGUGACCAACAUCUACUGCGUCUACGGCAAGAUGUGCUUGACACCUGGUGCCAACAUCCCCGACGCCCCCACGUCCGCCUUUAAGGAGCGCGGGUACAAGAGCUGGUACCAAGGGCUGCGGUAUGCUGUCAACAACGAAUGCCCGCCCAAAGUUCAGCAAGUGCAAGGCCCCCAAGGAUACCUAUCGGUGAAAGCAGCUCAAGACAAGGGGUUUAUCGGUUUGAAUACAUGGUACUGGGAGGAAAUGAGUGCUGCGAAGGACGUGCAUGCCGACUUGGGGCUGAUCGACGGCAAGGGGCCGCUGCACUGGGGUAUCAACUACGAAGGCCGGUGUUUCCCCAUUGCGAACGGGUACAUUGGCACGUUCCUAUGUGACCCAGACUCGAAGAAUCCGAAAUGCGAAGCUCCUCGCAGAGAGGGCGUGGCCGAUACCAACCAAAUGGCCAAAUUUGAGUACCAGAUGGACGCGAUUUCGGCAAAUUGGGACAUCAACCACGAUGCGUACACAACGUUUUACGUGUAUCAAGUGGAAUGGGUCAUGGGGCCCACGGGGUACAUUCGGUGGAGCUUGCGAGACGCGCCGCUGUUUGAAAUCCCCGCCGCGGCCAUCACCGAACCCCCCCAAGACCCUACUGGCAACGUCCGCAACCCCAAGAAACUCAUGAUCGAAGAGCCCAUGUACAUCAUCUUCAACGUGGCACUGGCCAAAGCGUGGGGGACGACCCCGCCCAACGCCGACAUCGGGCCGUGCCGCGGCAACGCCACGCAGCCCGCCCCCGGCACUCCCGAGUUCAACAAGACGCAAAACAUUUGCGACUCAUUCCCUAUGUACAUGGAGAUCGAGUAUAUUAGAGUGUACCAGGACAAGAGCUCCAUGUACAUUGGAUGCGAUCCCCCCACUCAUCCCACCAAGGAAUGGAUCGAUGGCCAUAUCAAAUGGUACACGGAUGCCAACAACCCCAUGAUCCGAGUGGACGGUGGCGCGACAUGCAACAAGGACGACGACUGCCAGUCCAUGUCGGCCACCGUGCCCAGCGGGCGAUGCAACCUACAUCGGUGUGAAUGUGUCAAGGGCUACGGCGGCCCCAGAUGCUCCAAGUUUCUCGGUGCGAAAGCCAUCGAUACCAAGUCCCCCGACUACUUUGGCCCACGGUAUAUGUACCCCCUAUCGCUGAUCAGCGUCGUGGUGGCCGUGCUCGUGCUCACGGCCGUGGUAAGGAAGAGGCGCCAUGCCACCGCCGCCACCCUCGCCGCUACAACCAACCAAAGCCGCAAUACGUUCAAGCAGGUGGGUGCGUACAACGUGAAUGAAGAGUGUAGUACGCCCCAGCAACAACAACAACGGCGCUUCUAUGGCCCGGCCAGCAACUUGUCGCUUCUGUCCUACUAGUCGUUAGGGAUAAUACUAAAUACUGGUGGAUAUGUGCGUAUUGAA